CUAUACAGUUGAACCUUCAAACUGUUUUUUUCUUCAACAACCGCCCUAUCUUCUUUUUGCUCGAUCUUUCUCAAUCAAAAUUGGAUUGAAUGGGUUUUUUUAGCAUUUACUUGGAAAUUAUUGGUCUUGGAAUUGGGUUUGGUCUUGGUCUUUUUCUUGGGUUUUUCUUCUUCUUUUACUCUGACUCCCAAACUGAAGCACUUAUUAAGGAUCCAGUUGUGAGGUCAAUUUCCGAGCUUGAUUUAGAUAGUCUACACGAAUUAGUUCCCGAGAUUCCUCUGUGGUUGAAAAAUCCUGAUUAUGAUCGUGUUGACUGGCUGAACAAGUUUAUUUCGUAUAUGUGGCCUUAUCUUGACAAGGCAAUGUGUGCUUCAAUUAGGCAGACAGCAGAACCAAUGGUGGCUGAUUAUAUUGGAAAUGGGCACCGGGCUAUAGAAGCAAUCACUUUUGAGACGUUAUGCCUUGGGACUCUUCCACCUACAUUUCAAGGUGUUAAAGUCUACGAGACCAAUGAGAACCAAUUAGUGAUGGAACCAGCAAUCAAAUGGGCAGGAAAUUCAAAUAUAGUCAUAGCUGUAAAAAUAUCUUCUCUGUGUAUCAAAAUUCAAUUGGUGGAUCUGCAAGUGUUUGCUCUUCCAAGGAUUACAUUGAAGCCACUUGUCCCAACUUUCCCAUGUUUUUCCAAUGUCGUUGUAUCUUUGAUGGAGAAGCCUCAUGUUGACUUUGGGCUGAAGGUGCUAGGUGGUGAUGUUAUGUCCAUCCCUGGCCUUUAUCGAUUAGUGCAGGAUAUUAUAAAAAAAGAAGUAGCAAAACUUUACCUAUGGCCACAAAGUCUUGAUAUACCGAUUCUUGAUUCUUCACUUGGCAUUGUGAAAAGGCCCGUUGGAGUCCUACAUGUGAGGGUUCUAAGGGCAACAAAGCUCAUGAAGAUGGAUAUAUUGGGAUUAUCGGAUCCAUAUGUGAAACUAAAAUUAUCUGGAGAGAUGUUGCCUUCAAAGAAAACGACAAUCAAGAAAAAGACAUUAAAUCCUGUGUGGAACGAGACUUUCAAGCUUGUAGUUAAGGACCCAGAAGCUCAAACACUUCAAGUUAAUGUCUAUGAUUGGGACAAGGUAGGCAGCCAUGACCGAUUGGGGAUGCAAGUGGUGCCAUUGAAACUUCUAACACCCAACGAGACCAUGGAACUAACACUUGAUUUGCUAAAAAACACCAAUAUAAUGGAUCCCCAUAAGCAUCAACAGAGAGGGCAGAUUAUGUUGGAGAUGACUUAUUCACCUUUCAAGGACGAUCAUGAUCUUUUAAGCGAACCCCCUACCCCUGUUCAGAAAGGAAACGGUAUGAAGUGUGGUGGUGAAAGCCCAAGUGGAGCCGGUGUGCUUUUGGUGACAGUCCAAGGGGCUGAGGAUGUAGAGGGGGAUCGUCACAACAAUCCAUAUGCAGUGGUCAUAUUUAGAGGAGAAACAAAGAAAACAAAGAUUGUUAAAAGAACUCGAGAUCCCAGGUGGAACGAAGAGUUUCAGUUCAUGAUGGACGAACCUCCUACACAUGAUAAAAUACAUGUACAAAUUAUGAGCAAGAGAACACGCAUGAGUUUCUUCUCAAAGGAAAAACUAGGUCAUGUAGACAUAAACCUUUCUGAUGUAGUGUACAAUGGCCGGAUUAACGAUAAGUUUCAUCUCAUAGAUUCAAAGAACGGUGUGGUGCAUGUUGAGCUUCGAUGGAGAGAAACUUGAAGUUACUCUAUGAUAACGGAGUCAAUAUGGAGAGCUGUAUAGUAAACAUGAUGUUUUUCUUUUUCUUUUUAUAGUGUUCAUGGAAGCAGUCCUUAAAGGUUGAAAAACUAUAUAUUGUGUAUACCAAAACUUGAUAUACUAUAAAAAAUUUUACCUCUUCAAACUGUUAAACUUUCA